GAUUAAACAAGUCGAGGAUGUAAUCGGACAGUCAAAAAUCUGGAUUCAAUUCGCAUAAAACGAUUCUGGGUUUUUUAAGCACGGAGUUUCAUGGCCACACAGUGGCAUACUACGCAGACGCUAUCUAUAAUCAGUCAAUCGCACCCACCCACGUUACCUUCUGAAUCACUCCAUCAUCAAUGGGGACCGGGACCAUGACCAUACGGGUCAUCCUAUCUAUUGGAUUUGAGGCUCAAUGCUGUCCUCUGACUCUUGGGAUAAUCCUUCAUUCGAACGGUCGAAAUUUCAAAAAAAUAAUCCACGGGCUUUGUGCAGGAUUGGGAAGAACACUAUGGUUUCUCGAUCUCUGAGAAAUCUAUCACUCAGUGCCCCUAUCUCGCUAUUUCCAUAUCCAAAUCGGAGGAAAUCCUUUAAUGGAUGCCCGCGUCUCCAGAAGAGAUGGAAGCAGUCCAUGUGUUUAAGCGCAACAAAACCUGUUGUGGCAGAUGGGAUUUUGAGGAUUAACGGCAAGGAUGCACUGGCUGGGGUACCCGACAACAUUGUUGUGACUUCUUCGAGAAAUGCUUCUGUGUUUCUGGGUGCUACUUCAACAGAGAGGAGCAGCCGCCAUGUUUUCAAGCUUGGAGUUUUGGAAGAGGAAUUAAGACUUCUCUGUUUGUACCGGUUUAAGAUUUGGUGGAUGAUACCUCGGGUGGGGAACUCAGGAAGUGAUGUUCCUGUUGAGACACAGAUGCUGCUCCUGGAAGCUAGAGAAGAUCAAGUUGUUUCUGCUUCUAAUGCAUCUACAUCUUACAUCCUUUUCUUGCCUGUGUUAGAUGGUGAUUUCAGAAGCAGUUUGCAGGGUAACUCAGCAAAUGAGCUCGAGGUGUGUGUAGAAAGUGGUGACCCAGCUGUAGUUACAUCACAGUUUCUAAAAGCAGUUUUUGUGAACUAUGGAAACAACCCAUUUGAUCUGAUGAAUGAAUCCAUGAAGAUAUUGGAGAAGCAUAUGGGGACCUUUUCACUACGUGAAACCAAAAAGAUGCCCGGAAUGUUAGAUUGGUUUGGCUGGUGCACCUGGGAUGCCUUUUAUACUGAGGUUAAUCCCCAAGGAAUAAAAGAUGGUCUAAAGAGCUUGUCUGAUGGAGGCACCCCUGCAAAAUUUAUAAUAAUAGAUGAUGGGUGGCAGGAUACAUAUAACGAGUUACAGAAAGAAGAGGGGCUGUCUCCUGAAGAAUUACAGUUUGGGUCCAGAUUAAUGAGCAUCAAAGUAAAUAAUAAGUUUCGGAAGAAAGAGAAUGAAUCUCCCAACGAGACAACAAAUGAUCUAAAAGAUUUUGUCUCAGAAAUUAAAAGGGCUUUCAAUUUGAAGUAUGUCUAUGUAUGGCAUGCACUCAUGGGGUACUGGGGAGGAGUAGAUACAGAUGCACCAGAAACUAAGAAAUAUAAUUCAAAACUGAGAUAUCCACUACAGUCGCCAGGCCAUCUAGCACAUUUGAGGGAUGGUGCAAUGGAUUGCAUGGAGAAGUAUGGGGUUUGCACCAUUGAUCCAGCUAAAAUUUCUGAAUUUUACGAUGAUCAGCACAGAUAUCUUGCCUCUCAAGAUGUGGAUGGGGUUAAGGUAGAUGUACAAAACAUACUUGAAACAAUUGGGACUGGUCUUGGAGGACGAGUUUCACUUACGAAACGUUUCCAACAAGCCCUGGAGAAGUCCAUAGCUGCAAACUUCCAAGACAACAGCAUAAUCUGCUGCAUGGGUCAAAAUACGGAUUCCCUUUACCAUUGUAAAAGAAGUGCAAUAACGAGAGCAUCUGAUGAUUAUAUGCCAAGAAACCAAACAUCACAAACAGUGCAUAUAGCUUCCGUGGCCUUUAACAGCAUCUUUCUCGGUGAAAUUGUGGUCCCAGAUUGGGACAUGUUCUAUAGCAGCCACUAUGCAGCUGAGUUUCAUGCGGUUGCUCGAGCUGUGGGAGGUUGUGGGGUUUAUGUCAGUGACAAACCCGGACAACAUGAUUUCACGAUACUUAAGAGGCUUGUACUUCCAGAUGGGUCAGUUCUCAGAGCCAAAUACCCCGGCAGGCCAUCACGAGAUUGUUUAUUCAAUGACCCAGUUAUGGAUGGAAAGAGUCUUUUGAAGAUUUGGAACCUGAACAAAUUUUCUGGAGUAGUAGGCAUUUUCAAUUGCCAAGGUGCAGGAAGUUGGCCAGGCUUUCAAAGUAAUGUUCAGAACAGUACGCGUUCUGAGCUAUCUGGGAACGUAAGCCCUACUGAUAUCGAGUAUUUGGAAGAGGUUUCUGGGGAGACAUGGACAGGAGAUUGUGCAAUCUUUAUGUUUAAUUCAGGGUCACUGGUUAGAUUGCCAAAGGAAGGAUAUUUGGAUGUAUCAUUGGGGGUCUUACAAUGUGAUGUGUUUACCAUAUCUCCAAUUAAGCUUUAUGACCAAAGAUUUCAGUUCGCACCCAUUGGACUAAUAGAAAUGUAUAAUUCUGGUGGAGCUGUUGAAGAAAUGGAAUUCUUCAAUAGUUCUUCUAAUUGUGGAAUGAGUAUCAAAGGGAGAGGGCCAGGUCGUUUCGGAGCAUAUUCCAAUACAAAGCCAAAGUUCUGCACAGUUAAUGGGAAAGAAGAGGAAUUCGAAUUCAAGGAGAACCAUAAUUUCUUGACAAUUAUGAUUCCCACUGGAAGUAGCUAUUGCGACAUUGUUAUUAAUUUUUGAGGCUUCUUUUUGGCAAAGCUUACCUUUGUAUCAAGUAAGAUUUUUUCAUUCUUUCAAUGAAUCACAUGUAGACACCACCGGGGAGAUAUAUUCUUUCCCAUCAGUGAUAAUAUCAUUACCAUAGAUUGUUAAUAUUGAA